GAAUUGAAAGGUUUCUGAAUGUUGGUUUUAUUUUUAUCUAUUUCCCCUACUCUGUUUGCUCUGUUUUAUUAUUUUUAGUUUUCUUUUUAUUUUUUUAAUUUAUUAGUCAAUAGCUUUGAACAAUUUAAAGUGUACCCACAGUAUAGAUAGAUCAAACCAAAGCCGUGUCUCCCGGGAACAUUUUUUCCCCAAAUGAAAUUGUCAAUAAUAUUCACGAAAUUGCCCGUGUAGUCAGGGAAGUACUUUAUUUGUCUGCAAAAAAUGACUUAAGCCCUUUAUGAAUGAGACUGUUGGCUUUAGCUUCUGUUACAUCUAUAGCCUAAGCCUAUUAUAAUAUGAACCAAGUACAACUCUCAAAUGCAAAUAUUUUCAACAAAAGCUCUCAAACCCAUUUUCAAUCAUAUUAUGAAUUAUUUCGUACAUAGUAUGAUUCACCAUACGUUGCUUCUGUUCCUCAUUUUCAGAAUUUGCAUUUGCUUAGACACAAUAUCAAUAAAAACCAAUCCCGUUAGAGAUAUAGACAAGUAUGUUUUGGUCUCUAGCGGAGAAACUUUUGCACUUGGAUUCUUCAGUCCAGGCAAAUCGAAUUACCGCUAUGUUGGAAUUUGGUAUCACAAAAUUCCAGGCCAAACAGUUGUCUGGGUUGCUAACAGAGACAGUCCUGUAAACGAUUCCUCUGGUUUUCUCUCCAUUGAUGCUACAAAUGGAAACCUUGUACUCUACAAAACAGACAGGAUUAAUAUCAAUCAGACAGUUGUCAAUGUUGUGUGGUCCACAAAUGCUUCUUCUUCAGCAUGUUCACCAACAAGUUACUGUGUAGCUCGGCUAUUGGAUUCAGGCAACCUUGUUUUGCUCCAUAACAUCACAAAACAGGUUAUAUGGCAGAGUUUUGACUACCCAACAAACACAAUGCUUCCAAACAUGAAACUUGGGAUAGAUCGAAGAACUGGACUGAACAGGUUCCUGACAUCUUGGAAGUCUGAAGAUGAUCCGGGAACAGGGAAUUUCUCAUACAGGUUUGACCCAAGUGGGUCCCCCCAGAUGAUCAUGUACAAGGGGCAGUUUCGAUGGUGGCGAACUGGUCACUGGAAUGGGAUCAGAUGGAGUGGCCUGGGCAUACCAGCCGCGACUGUUAAAUUCCUCUUCAAUGUGAGUUUUGUGAACGACAACAAUGAAAUCACUUAUAUGUGGGAUGUGUUCGAUUACUUAUUCUCGUCUAGAAUUGUGGUUAAUGAGUCAGGAUUGUUACAACAUUUUACAUGGAAAGAGGGAGCUGAGAGAGGAUGGAAUGGAAUGUGGUCAGCACCGAUAGAGAGCUGUGACCAAUAUGGACAUUGCAGUGCAUUUGGUCUUUGUGAUUCUAGCAAUGCAGAACAGUUUGAGUGCAUUUGUUUGCCGGGAUACCAACCCAGGUCUCCUACUCAAUGGUACAUGAGAGAUGCAAAUCAAGGAUGUGUAAGGAAGCCAGGAUCAUUGAUUUGCAGGGAAGGUGAAGGGUUCGUGAAAGUGGCAAAUGUCAAGCUUCCUGAUACAUCAAAUGUUAAAGUAUUUGCUAGCGGUUUGAGCUUGAAAGCAUGUGAGAAGGAGUGCUUGAUUAACUGCAAUUGCACGGCUUAUGCUCAAGCUAAUAUUAGUCGAGGCAGUGGAUGUAUACUAUGGCAUGGGAAUUUGACGGAUACCAGAAAGUGCACUGAUGAUGGUGGUCAAGAUUUAUACGUUCGUGUUGAUGAGCAUGAAUUAGCACAAAAUGCCCAGAAACCAAAAGGUAUGCUUGUCACUAAAUGGACCCAUAUCCUUUUGGUAGUCUCUGGUGUCUCAAUUUUGUUCGGUAUCAUCUUCUUUGCAUAUUGGUUUCUAAAGAGGACAAGAAAAGGACAACGUAAUCUGUUUCUUGAUGCUAACAUUACUUCUGAUGAAUCCACCAACGAAAAGAAGCUUGUGGGGGGUAAAAGACAUCCGGAUUUACCAUUUUUCGAACUAAGAACCUUAAUGAAUGCCACAGACAAUUUCUCUCCUACAAAUAUGCUUGGACAAGGUGGAUUUGGUUCAGUCUAUAAGGGUCAACUAGAGAAUGGACAGGAGAUAGCUGUGAAAAGGUUAUCAAAACAUUCUGGACAAGGAAUGGAAGAGUUCAAGAACGAAGUCACGGUGAUAGCAAGACUACAGCACAGAAAUCUUGUGAGGCUUUUGGGUUUUUGCAUCCACAAGGAAGAGAAGAUGUUGGUAUACGAAUACUUGCCAAACAAAAGCUUGGACUACUUAAUAUUUGAUGGAACAAGGUCACAUUUGGACUGGACAAAGCGGUUUGAAAUUGUUACUGGAAUUGCUCGAGGGAUCUUAUAUCUUCACCAAGAUUCAAGACUGAAAAUCAUCCAUAGGGAUCUAAAAGCUAGCAAUGUUCUACUAGAUGACUCCAUGAAUCCAAAAAUUUCAGAUUUUGGAAUGGCUAGGAUAUUUGGGGAAGACCAAAUCCAUGCAAAUACAAGCAGAGUAGUUGGUACAUAUGGUUACAUGUCACCAGAAUAUGCAAUGCAAGGGCUAUAUUCAACAAACUCUGAUGUGUUCAGCUUUGGUGUUUUGCUACUAGAGAUCAUUACGGGUAGGAAGAACACAGAUAGAAUCAAUGGAAGCCCCUUCCCAAAUCUCAUUGGACACAUUUGGAAGUUAUGGAAGGAAGGAAGAGUGUUGGAUAUAGUUGAUCCAACACUGUGUCAGCCCUUUUCCGCUCAGGAGGAGGUUUCAAAAUGCAUCCACAUUGGGCUACUGUGUGUGCAGGAAAGUCCCACAGACCGACCAACCAUGUCGGCUGUUAUUUUAAUGUUGGCUAAUGAAACCACGCUUCCUCUACCCAACACACCAGCAUUUAUUUUCCGGCGAAAUGCCUAUCAUAAUGCUGAAUCUUCAACAUCUAGAUCAGGAGAAGCUAUUUCUUCGAAUAGCAUUACCAUAACUACACUCGAAGCUCGUUGAGUUCAAUAUAUAAGGUUGUGAACUUCUAUUUCUCGUUCUUGAAUCUAGAACGUAUAGCAUGAUACGAAUGAUAUUUCUCAUCAUUUCAUGUGAGUGAAAAUGGAUAUAUUAUAGGAAUUAUGUUUUUCAUAAUUCCUUGUGAGUGAAAGUGGAUGUAUUAGUAUAAAAGUAAUUUUUUUUUUUAAUGCUUUUGUCAUUUUUGUUCACAUUUAUAUCAUGUAAACUGCUCGUUAAGGUA